AUGGCUAAUCUCAUUUUCGGCGCUGGGGGUAUUGGCGAAGGACGCAUCUCUCACACAUGGACGACUACCGAGCAGACAGAGGAAUUGCUGAAAUCAUUGGACGAGUUGGGAUUGAAACAGCUUGAUUCAGCAGCCUCAUAUCCACCUGGCUCACCGUGGGUGACAGAAACAUUAUUGGGGCAGGCAAAGGCCGCAGGAAAGGGAUUCGUGAUCGAUUCGAAGAUCAUGCCUUACUCUCUUGCUCUUGGAUUUCGAGACCCGAAGGCUAAAUCAGGAGCAGAAAGUCUAUCGGAGGCGAACAUAGAUGCCAGUUUCAAGAAGACUUUUGAGCUGAUGGGGAUUGAGAAGGUGAAUAUCAUGUAUGCGCAUUGUUCGGAUCCGGAGACGCCUGCGGAGGAGAGUGCAAGGGCUUUCAAUAAACACUUACAGGCGGGGCAUUGUGAAAAGUUUGGAUUAUGCAACUACAGUUGCGAGGAAAUGAAACAGUGGCUGGAGAUAUGUGAUGACAAGGGUUAUGUCAAGCCUGCCUUCUAUCAGGGUCACUACAAUGCUAUUUGCAGACACCCUGAAAAGGACAUUUAUCCACUUCUAAGAAAGCAUGGCAUCAAGAUUAAUGCUUACGGUCCACUUGCAGGCGGUCUCCUCACAGGCAAAGUUUCUCUCGCAGCAGAUCCGGCAAAAGAUCUCCCCGGAGGACGCUGGGCACCUGGUGGGCAUCUCGGCUAUCCCAAAACUUUUGAUAAACCACCUGUCCAUGCCGCCAUGCGCAAAUUCCGCAAGGCGUGUAAAGAAAGGGGCAUGUGUAGUACGGAAGCCAGCUUGAGGUGGAUUGUGCAUCAUUCGGUGCUUGGAGAGGGAGACGGUAUCAUUCUUGGUUCCUCAAGGGUCGAUCAGUUGAGGGGGAAUGUGGAGAUGUGUGGGAAGGGCCCGUUGGAUGAAGAGUUGCUGGAGUUGGUCGAGGAGCUGUGGGAGACGGUCAAGGAUGAGACGUAUUGGGGUUGA